GUCCAUAACAAUGCAAGUAGAUAAUAAGAAAAUAGGUUUCAGGUUGAAGGAGGGGUCCGAGUUGGCAACGCAUAUAAGGCGAGAAAUGGGCGAGUUGAGAGCGGAAUUAUGAAAGGUGAUGAAAAGCGGGUAAGAGGAAGAGAAUUUUAAAAGUUAGUUGAGAUAAGAAGAAGAAUUUAUUUUGCUGAAGAUAAGAUUAGAAAGAAAGUUAAUGUUAGAUAAGUACAUGCGAUCAGCAAGGUUAGUUAGUUGUAAAUCUUGGAGAAUGGAGGAAUAAUCAUGAGUUUGGUGGGGGAUAUUGAAACGGAAGAUGACUAAGUUUUGACAUUUAUGUUGAACAUGCUUGAUAGCGGAUUUGCCACAUGAUGUGAAAGAGUCCCAGAGGACAGAGCUGUAUUCUAGGAUAGGACGAACAAGGGAGCAGGUUGUGACUGGUGAAUGGUUUUGACUGGGGAGAGAAGAUGGAACUAUUGAGAUGUUCGGUUAAUGAACCCAAAGUAUCUGAGGGUUUUGCAGCAGGCUAUUUCAAUAUGCUUGAAAGGACAGAGAGUAGGUCUUUAAGUGAAACCAAGAUUACAGAGGCUCUGGAAGAUGCUAUUAGCAAGUUAUUUAUGUGGUAGUUAAAUUGAAAGACAGUAUGCAUGCAGGAAAGUCAUGACUGAGAGCAUUUGAAGAAAUUUAAAUGGAGGCCAAGGGAUUCAUCCCAAGAAACCAAUCAAUUUAGAUCUAAUUGUAAUAAGUGACAGUCAGAGAGAGAAGAGAUGCGUGAAUAGUUUCAAGUCAUCAGCAAAAAUCAUUAACUUAGCAUGCUUGAGUACGGAAGAUGUAGAGUUUAUGAAUAGGGCAAAGAGAAGAGGAGAGAGAACUACGCCUUGAGGGAUACCAGAGGAAGGGUAGAAGGCAAUGAUGAGUUUUGAAUUCUGGCGUACAGGGAUAAGUUUUGUAAGGCGAGAGUGAAUCCAGAAGUGAAGUGAUUCACUGAUAUCUUACAAGUCCAUAGUUUAGAAAAGUAAUAAAUGAUCAACACGAUCAAACAGUUUAGAAAAAUCUGUGAAAU